GAAAGGGAGAUAUAGACAGAGCCUGAUAAUAAUAUAUAUAAGACGUAAUGUUGGAAAUGUUUUUUGACAUUGUUUUUCUACAGAUAUGGUUCACCUCAUUUCAGUGAGCCUGCUCUUCUCAGUAUGUGGUAAAGGAGCAUAUAUUCCUCAUCGCUAUCACUUUGUGAAUGAAAAUAAAACCUGGAGUGAAGCUCAGACUUACUGCAGAGUGAAAUACACUGAUCUGGCAACCAUCAACAACAUGGGAGAGAUAAAGAAGCUGAAUCACACACUGAUGAAGGAAAAUGCAAAGAAAGCUUGGAUUGGUCUACAGAGAGAGGGACCUGGGAAAUGGCAGUGGUCUCUGGCAGACCAAACUUUCUACAGAGACGGAGACACUUACAGAAACUGGAGGAGUGGAGAACCAAACAAUUAUGGGGGAAAUGAGUACUGUGUUGAAAUGUUCAGCAAUGGCUUGUGGAAUGAUAACCAGUGUGAGAUGUUAAAUCCUUUUGUAUGUUAUGAAGAAAUAAACACAAACACUAAAAAAUAUGUCUUGAUUAAUGAGAGAAAGAACUGGUAUGAUGCUCAGAUCUACUGCAGAGAGAAUCACGCAGACUUGGUCAGUGUGAGGAACCAAACUGAGAAUGAGGAGAUCUGGAGAGUGAUUCAAAGUCCAGUGGGUUUGCGAGUUUGGAUUGGUCUGUUUAAUGACUCCUGGAAGUGGUCAGAUCAGAGUAACUCCUCAUUCAGAUACUGGGGCUCUAAUAAACCCAGUGGUGGUUUUAACUGUGCUGCAGUAUCUGAGUCUGAGCAACGUUACUGGAGUGAUGUGGACUGCACAGAAAAACUCCCAUUCAUCUGCCAGGAGGAAUUUCUGAUCCUGAUUAAGGAGAAUCUGACCUGGGGGGAAGCUCUGAGAUACUGCAGGAACCAUUAUCAUGACCUGGUCUCAGUGCGCACUGAGGAGAUGCAGCUCUGGGUGAAGGAAGUGGCUCAAGAUGCCUCCACUGAACAUGUGUGGCUCGGCCUGCAUUACGACUGUGUCCAGCGUGUCUGGUUCUGGGUUUUUGGAUCAAUGAUCUGCUAUGAGGACUGGGCCCCGGGGAAUGGGACCUGGAAUGAAGACUGCAGCCAUGAGAAGAGAAGUGGAGCAGUGCAGUCUGAAGGAGAGAGGAAGUGGAUCGAGCUGCAUGAGAGCCACAAGCUCAACUUCAUCUGUUCUACCUAUGAUGAGUUGAAGUAUAAAAUAUGAGCACUAAAGACAUGGUGUGGUCCAUCUGUAUCCAGCAUCAGCUGAUCUACAGUACUGUCUCAUUUAUACUCUUCUACACUUUAUUAUUAUUGUAUCCUCUUAAUACAGAUGUUUCAUCAUAUUUUUAAUGUUGUAUUCAGUAAACUCAACUGUCUCCAUACAGCAUGAUCUGUAGUAUGUUAUGUAUAUACUACUUACUGUUCUUACAAAUAGAGGGUUUAUGGGUAAUUAAGGUGGAAUCUAUUUACCUGAUGUUUAAACUACAGUGUCUUUAGUUUGCACAUUUAAUUGUUUUUAAAAUUCUUUCUCAGAAUAGGGAACCAUACAGACCAAGUGGUCCACACAACAACUUGGCACAGGAUUUACACCAGAUGCCCUUGGGAUUGGCACUGCAUCCAAUGGCUGGGCUUUGGGCACUGGCUGGGACUCAAACCUCUGGCCUACCACUGAGCCACCA